AUGAAACGAAACGAUUCAAGAAGCAGCGAAAGAGCAAGAAACACUUUCGCACUUCUACACACUAUCGAACAAUUAGAAAUUUUCAACAAAAAUCUCUCCGAAGAACUCCAAAAUGAAAAAGCCCCUUUUCCGUGCGAAAAUGGUGUGAAAGAGCAAAAAACCCUUAAAGAACUUAACGCUUAUAAUCCAAAGACUUACCAAAAUUGGCAAGAUGACCCCGAAGGCCAUGACUUAAUUUUAGAAAGUAAUGACUUUCUCAAAGAAAUUUCUGAGAUUACUAAGCAAGAACAUGACAAUGGAAUGCCAACGGAAAAAGAAAUUAGCCAAUUUCGUUAUUUUUUUGAGGACUUUUCAGGAACUAUUUUUAAAGCCUAUGAAGCAGUUAAAAAAGAUGAUAAGAAAAAUCUACCAAUAAUAAAUAAAGAAAAAAACCACCAAAUAGAUCUUCUCAAAGCACAAAUGGAGCAACUUAAAAAGGAAAAUAAAACUUUAAGAGAAAGACUUGCUAACAAUACCCAACUUACCGACCUCCAAAGAGAAAUAUUGAAUUCACGUCUAACCGGUAAUAAUGAACGAAUUAACAAAACUCAAAGAAGGUUAGAUGAUUUACAAAACGAACUUAAAACUACCGAGGACGGUAAAAAAAUGAACUUAGCCGUUGGCUUCGCAAUAUUUGCCGCCGUAGUCGCUUUUAUUAGCCUUGUGGUGAUACUAGUUAGAAGACCACGCCACCGCGACUACUAA